AUGAUAGAAAAAUUAUUGAAUCAUGGUUUUGAUACGAAAACGUCUCAACUGUCAUCAGAAUUGUUUUUCAAAGAUACAGCAGGACGUAUGAACGUUUUUGAUAUUCAAGACACUCAGCCGAAUGAAGGAUUCAACCAACGAGCAGAAUUGUUUAAACUGAGUGCUUCGGUCGAUAUGAUUGGCCGAUUGCACUUGGAUAUGUUUCAUCAGGAAAGACUUUUGCUGAAUAUGGUGGAUAUGAAAAUUAAACUCAUACGCAGCAAACCUGAAUUUUGUUUAUUGGGCGAAGGUGAAUUUAAAGUUUUACUCGAACAAGCUUCAUUGUUUGUACGCAAAGUGAGAGUCAGUCCAGGUGUUGUGCUAGGACAUGCCAAAAGCCUAGAAAAAUCAACAGCCAAAUAUCCCAUUAAUAGAGUGCUCUGCAAAGCCUAUUCCAUUCCAACGGGAAAUAUGAGUUUUAUUCAAGACAAUAUUUUCAUAGGUCAAAUGCCUAAUCGUAUUGUGGUGGCAUGUGUCGAUAAUGAUGCCUUUAACGGAAACUAUAAAAAGUCUCCUUUUGAAUUCAAGCAUUAUAAUAUGAACUUUAUCGGCGUUUAUGUGGACGGGCAACCGGAUGCUACUUCAACUCCAUUUAGCUACUUGUUGAUUGAUUUACGACCUGAAACAAGUGAAACGCUUCGCCUUCGUACAGGCAUCUUUCCUGGGGAUAAAUACUAUGUCUACCAGCCCCGAUAG